UUGAAAAUAUAAAAUGAUAUGAUGAGAUAUGACAGUUAUUAUUAUCGUAUUCUGAAGAAAAAAAAACCCAUGAAAAAAAAAACAGCAUAAUUCAUAAUUGCACUGGCAUUAUCACUGCCAAAUUGCAUAAUGCAUAAGCUGAUAUUUACUGACUUUGGCAAGUUUCUAAUGUUUCAACGUCGCCACAAAUUUAGUCAUUGCCAGCACGCUCCAUUCGUUUCCUCUUGUUUUGCCACCUUCUUCCUCCGCCGACCGCCAGUGCUACUGCCACAGAUUCGAUUGCGGUCAAGUGGCUAACAAUAUUCCAGGUAAACUCAUUGCAAUGCGCCAGAAAUUUCACAUAUCAAUAGCAUGAUGUCAUCAACUGCAUUGCUCCUACUUCUAGGCUCUAGCAUUUCAUAUGUGCAAUUCCCUCCUUACGCCCCGGAAGGUUGGAUUGCGUUGAUGGCAAGUGUUGUAUAGUGCGUUACGGUCUCUUCAUAUUGAUAAGGAUUCAAGGGAACAAUUUCAAAUGGAGAUAUCAAAACAAAUGUUGUCCUAAAAACACAAACGCUUAUUAUUGUUACUGAUUUGUUGCUCUCUUUUUGGUAAAUUUACUCUGUUUUUCUGUUUGAUUAGAAGUGGCUUAGUGCCUUGAUUUUUCUUCCAGCCUUGAGCUUGUCAAGUCGUAAGGCCUAAAGGCAUGUUAGGUGUUUGAAAAAAUGCUUAAAUGAAUCUCCAUCUAAAUUUAAACACAGAAUUAAUAAACCUUCUUCCUGACUUCGGUGAAGAUGAGGAAGUACAACUACUUAGCAAAGAUGAAGAUGCCGAGUGUUCACUCUAAUCUCUAAUAUUGCCAUCCCUAAUUUUAUUUCUGGAGGGAAAUUGCUGAAUUGGAGGGAAAUGAUAUCUCAGAGAGGGAAAAAAUAAAAGGCUUGACUUCUUAAGGGCAAUUUUGGAAAAGAACACAAACUUUGUUCUGGAGGCUAAAAAUUGCACUGGCAUUAUCUCGCUCCGCCACUGCCACCUUUUCUCCCUCCGCCGCCGGCCGGCCAUCGAGGGAAUCUGUAUCCUCUUCUCUAUGGUCGCUGUGACCUUUGAUUUAUGCCAAACUUAGUGAAUUAAUUAAUGCAAUGACAUCAGUGGCUGUGGACAUAUGUUAAUAGUUGCUUUGAAGUAGCUGACGAUCGUUAUGCUCCUUUGCUGUGAACUAUUGGAGGUUUUGUAAUAAAGCAGUCACUGGAGUCUGGAACAGAGCAUGAAAAGAACGAGAGACCAAAUGGAAAUUGUUUGGCAAACUCCAGCUAACCCACCAGAGCGCCAUGACUACAUCUUUCGGAAUGGCAUACGAUAUGUGAGACCUUACUAUUUUGAGUUUAUAUCCCAUGUAAAAAAUAGAUGGGCAAAAAAGACCAUUGUUGAUCUCUUCACCGAAGAAUUCAAGGGACGACCUCGUGAUUACUAUAUGUCUGCUGUUAAAGCCGGACGAAUUCAAGUAGAUGGACAAAUGGUGCCUAUUUCAUACGUGGUGAAACCAUCACAGAAGAUUAGCCAUUUCGUGCACAGGCACGAGCCACCCGUAAUGGCAUUGGAUAUCAAGAUACUGCAUGAAGAUGAAGAAGUUUUGACAAUCUGUAAGCCUGCAUCAGUUCCAGUACACCCCUGCGGGCAAUACCGGAAGAAUACCGUUGUUGGUAUUCUUGAGGCAGAGCAUGGGUUGGCCCCGCUAUUUCCGAUUCACCGUCUAGACCGCCUGGUCUCGGGACUCCUUAUCUUGGCAAGAACUGCUUUGAAGGCUGACAUCUUCAGACAGCAGAUUGAGACAGGAUUGGUGCAAAAACAGUAUAUUGCUAGGGUUAUUGGUACAUUUCCUGAGAAUGAGCAAGUUGUGAAUGCCAAUGUGAAUUUUGAUGCUCGAGCAGGGAGGAGUUCAGUUGAGGUGGGAGAAGAUUGUCAAAAUACUAAUUCUUUACCGAAGGGAAAGACUGCUUGCACUAAAUUUACUAGGGUCAGCACCAAUGGUACUCAAAGCCUAGUUUUGUGUAAACCUAUUACUGGUAGAACACAUCAGAUUCGUGUUCACCUGCAACAUACUGGUCAUCCUAUAGCUAAUGAUAAACUUUACCAAUGUAAAGCUGGUGAUAAGCCCACAGCUGAAGUUAUAGAGAAAGAUAGUGCUGCGUUGGACCUAUCAGUAGAUCAGAAUCUUCAACAUUUAGCAAACGAUGGCUCUGAGCAAAAUUUCAGCAUUGAUCCCAUGUGCACGAACUGCCCAAAUCUGGCUCCAAGAGGAUAUGAUGGAGAUGAGGAGGGUUUAUGGCUGCAUUGUGUGAAGUAUAGUGGUCCGGACUGGGUGUAUGAAUGUCCCUAUCCAGAUUGGGCAGUUCUUGAGUAAUUUCUCUGAGUUUAUAAUGUGUAGAAGAAGAAGAUACAUACUAAUUUAGUUUUAUUGUACUUAAAAAAAAAAUCAUUUUGUUUUGUUAUUAUCAAGAAUCAGUUUUUGAAAUUACUUUUUACGAGUUUAUGAGUUUCUUACAACAAAACACUAUUACGUAAACCUUAAUAAUUAUUUUAGUAUUUUUGCCGAAUUCAGAGAUUUGAC